ACAAUGCGCGUGCGUCAUCAUGCCUUCCGUUAAUGUUCGCGAAGGUUGAGAAAGAGGAUCAGGAAAAUAGGUCUGUGAGACUGUGUGAGGAAGUCUUCAAAACAUCAUAAUUUUAAGGGCAUUACAUUGUUCCAUGAGCCAAAAGGACUCCUUUAGUUUCAAAUUAUCAAAAUGAACCCCGAAGAAAACCAAGAAUCUGAUCAAACGAAUGAAAAUUGGCUCAGUAACUUCGAAGAUGAAUGCCUGGAUGAACUCGAAUCUGAACCCAAUAUGGACGACAGACUGUCAGCUGAGAGAGAAUACGCAGUUCAGAAUUUAUGGAUGGUAUUUCAAAACUCCGCGACGGCGAUUGCUCAGUUAUAUAAAGAUCGCCAACAAGGUAACUCAAUGUGGUUGCCUUUUCAAAAUGCUGCAAUGUCAGUCACAAGUUUGUACAAAGAAAGUCUUGAUAUGUUCACAAAGUGUGUAGAUAUGGGUGUUCAGUGUGGUCAUCAGCAUAGAACAAGAGACAUUAUUGCUUGGGCUCGUAAAAAGCGGCGUCAUAUUCGUCGCGAAGAAUUAUUGGCAUACUUAUGUGGUAGAACUCCACCAACACGUCACAGAUUGGGCAGUUCUUCAACACGUCAGUUAGCUCGAUCAGGAAUCGAGAGAUCUUCCCAACGUCUUCCGAACCCAGCACCUGUUGAUGUUGAUCAAGAUCUUGGAGCAUUUAGAGAAGCUAUAGCUUUACAAGGUUUAAAUGGUGCCAUGUCAAAUGUUAGUGUUGGUUAUUGUCCACAUCCACCAACUCCUGCGAAUUUAUCUCGAAGCAAUAUAGAAGAACUAAAUAGAUUUAUUCAUGAUGAAUUCUCUCGAUAUAGUGAAUCAAGAAAAAGAACCGGAUCCCCAGACUUACGCAUGGAUUCUCCAUCUAGGAAAAAAGGGAGAUUUUUGUGAUAGUGUGUACCAUAUUUAAAAACAAUAUAGACUUGAAAGAAAUUAAAAUAUUAAAAAAAAAACAGAAAAAAAUUUAUUGAGAAAUGAACAGUUAAUCAUAUUCUUUAAAGAUAAUGAAACUUUGAAGCCAAAUAUUAAAUUAUAUAAAACUAGUGAAGGAGGUGGUUAUAAAAAAAAAAAAUUACAAAAGAUUUAUUGAGAUCCGUUGUUUAUUUGUGGGCUUAUCAAGAUUUAUAGUUCUGUGUUUUUUUCUAGGCCAAGAAGGCCUAGAUCGUACAAAGGAUGCCUUUAAAUUUAAAUAUUUUGCUAUUUUGCAAUGAAGAGAAAGAGAGAGGGACUCUUGAAUAUUUUGUUAAAUUGUAAAAUACUGUUAUUACAUAUUAUGUAUAAAUGUGUGUAUGAACUAUGUGUGGCAUUGUGAGUGGUGGCCUGCCUGGGGGACUCUGCUAGUGUUACUUGCAACGAACGAAUUAAUCCUUAGUACACGUAACAUUAUUUAGAAUAGAAAAAAGUUUCACCGUUUUAUGGAUAAGUAAAUUGUUAAUUGCAAGAUAUCCAUCUAUCUCAUGAAGAUGAGACAGUUGUUUUCAAAAAUGACAAAAUUAUUUUUCAAUGGUUGUAUUUUCAUAUAUAUGAAACUAUGAAACAUAAAGACUUUUUUUUUUUGCUAGUCAACAUUUGAUAAUUCAGUUUGAUAAAUCUAUGCUUCAUACUGAAAUAUCAAUUUUUUUGAAUUAAACUGAAUUAAAUUACAUUCAAGUUACUUUUUAAAAAAUCAAAAUCUUAAUAUUUUUUGGUUAAACAGAUUUCAUUUCUUAAAAGCUAGAAAUAAACAAGAAAUCAUAUGGACAUCACAGAUAUUAAGAAUGUGACCGUAAGUGCAAAAUUGUAGACCGACAGCACAAACAUCGGUCACAAUCGGGCGAAUUUCAUAGAUAUGGUUAUCAAAAUGAACAAGACAAAAUUAAUGGCAACUGUACUGAACUAAAGGAUAUUCUCCCGUUUAAUCUUAAUUCUUUUUUAAUGUUGAGGUAAACUAUCAUCUAACAACAUCUUUAAGAAGUUUGUUUUCAGUGAGGAGAUGCUUUCUCUGGGGCAAUAAUGGUUUUUAUCAAUCACAGUGAUUCGAAUCACAUUAAUAUUUAAAUUUGAAGAAAAUAAAGGUCUUACUGAUGCAUUAUGUAAAAUUUAGAUAUAGAGCUGGCUGUUCUCACUAUAAUAGUUUAAAAGUAGACAAUGAAUAUUGAAUAUGUAUUACUUUAUUCUGAUCAAAGUUAUGAAUGUUUGAAAUUUUGACAAUAUAUAGCAUAGAAUAGCCUUGAUUGUUCAAGUACCAUUGCUACGAUAAUAAAGUCUUGAUUAUCCAUUUUACUGUUAAAUUAUAAAAUAGCCUGUGUUUAAUAUCUCUGCCAUCCGAUGGCCUGUAGAGUUGAGUAUGUCUAAAUAAUAAUUUAUAUAGCAUUUGAAACUAGAAAAAAAGACCUGCAAUAGGCAGAAUUAGCUCUAGCAUAAUGCAUCUUUCUCCUGUUAUUACAUUUUGUACUGUUCGAGUUGCAAAGAUGUGUGCUUGGAUAAAUGCUGAUAAGUUUGAAAGGUAAUAUGUGGUUCUUUUGUACAGGUUUAUUAUAAUUGAAUGAUUCUCUGAUUGAUUUGAUUGAAUGAAGUUUAAAGAAUUAUAUAUAAUAUAUUAAUCAAAGUUUAGUAAGCUUAUAUCUUAUUAUGAAAAUAUAGAAUUUAAUGUAGAAAUAGCUGGCCACUGUUAAAGAACUUUUUAUUAAUGGAAUAAUAUUUACAUAAAUGUUAAUAGGCACAUCACAUUAGAAAAUGUGUUUUGUUGAAAGGAUCUUAAACUGCUUUUGUUAGGUAAAAUUAAGGGUUUGAAUUUAGUUUAUCUGUCGUAUUAUUUUGAUGAUCAACUAGAUAUGGUCAAACUGAUUAAAUUUUUGUUUCGAACGAUGGAGUGAAAAUCAGUUUGUUUUGACUGAGACUGUCAACCACUAUAACAGAUAUAAAAGUAUCUCAAGCUUAGCUGUAUAUGCAAACCUAAAAUUUUAAAUGUAAACAUACAUGUAGCUACUUCAUAAAACUGUCAUCUUUUAAAAUUGUCACCGUGUAAUAGGCACUGAGAGAAACCAUUCUCUUCUUCGAAUAACUUUUACUCAAGCUAACCAUGUUUGAAGCCGUUGAACUUUUUUGACUAUCAAGUUCCUUAACGUUUCGCGGGCUGUACACUGGGUUCCUGGGACCAAGGUCUACAAUGUCUGGAUGUAACCAAGUGAUAGUUCAUAUUGUUGACACUACAAUGUUGCUUUCUUGUUUUAUCUCCAAUAUUCCACCUUGUGGUACUGUUGGUUGUUUUCUAAAAUUUCAACAUCUGGGCGUAAACAAGUGACUGUCACAUCCAGAGGACCAUUAGUGUGUGCUCUCCAGGUUCACAUCUAGCCAUCCAGCUGCUUGUAUUCAAAUGGUUAAUGGUCUACACUAGUUGAUAUGUAUUUUCAUAAUAUAAGCAUUUGCUUAGAAAGUUGGAGUCUUAUUGUGUAAAAACCAGUUCAUUAAAAAAUAGUUUCUUGGUCAUGUGGCUUAGAUUUAUCAAGAAAACAUAAUAUUAUAAAUUUGGUUAGCAGUUUGCUAUGAGCAGGGAGAGGAUUGUAUACUUUAUCAUCAUAACAUAUACCAUUCAAUUUAACUUAACUUUCACCAGUUUCAACAAAUCUCUUUAAUACAUUAUCCCUGCCGAGAAAUAUGAAAAACAAAUUGUUAAAAAUCCUUCAUUACAAAGACAACAAACUAUAAUUGAUUCAAAUUGACUUGGGUUGUUGUAACAAAAAACUGUCACAAUUUAUUUAUUUUGUUUUUGAAAAUGUGUAUUAUUAAGCUUUCAUAAAGCAAGACAAAAAAAAAAUGUGCUAUUUCAAAAAGUAAAACUGAAAAGAUAAAUGUUAAAAAUUGUGUCAUUCCCUGAUUAAAUUAAAUGAGAAGUUGAUGUCCUGAAUAAUUAAUUAUUCUGUGUUUUAUUAUUAUUAUUAUGUAUAUGUGUAUUGUGUAUUAAAUCCAAUGUGAAUACAGA